UGCAUCUGAAACUCCGAUGUGCACAGGCAGUUCGAACACUGUCGGUGAACCUCAAAUACUGAUUUAGCACACAUUUCAAAGCUGAAAUGUCGAACGAAUGGAUCUCGGUUUCUCGCGAUGACAAGAAGCGUGUUAUGCGAAAGGGGGCUGGGUGGCGACGGCGUCGUCCUAUGACAGCAGCCAGUAAAGAUGCACGUUACGCAAAUUCAUCAAUAGACGAUUAUGUCCACGAUCAAAAAGUGAUGCUCUCCAUACUUUCCGAUUGCCAACGUGUUCUUGCUUCGAGUAGAUUUCAUCAACGUAUUUUCGAUGUAUGUGGCACUUCUUUUGCUCAUUCCGACACGUCACCAGCAUGCCUGCAGAUUAUAUGCUACGGUAUCGGAAACUUUUCUCGAACCUCAUCUACAAACUAUUCCUCCUCUCUGUGGCAGCUGGCAGAAGUAUUGUGUCUUCGUCAGGAGUUACAAGGCAAAAGUGCUUAUUCGGUACCUCUCUACUUUUACGAUCCCUGUUCAACUAACUUUGAACAAGUCUUUUUGAUGGAGCGGUUGCAAGUCGAGGUUUUGGCAGACAACGAUCGAGGAAGGCGGGCUAUAGAAGGAAAUCCGACACUUUUCUACAUGCCUCAUUGUCCGGCGAGACUUUACGAAAAUGUCUUGUCAGCCAACUGGGACGAGCUUCACUCUGAAACUUCAACGCCUUUAUUGAUUCUGGGGAACUCGCUUCGAAAUUAUUGCAAUCCACUAUAUACCUUGAAAUUCCCUUGUAUGAAAUCGCUUUUGCCGUACACAACAGAAAUUCGGCUGGACGAUAAGACUCUUGAUGAUUGCAAGAUCGCACCUGGCAACAUUGUCGGAGCCUUCAAUGACACCUAUUUGACGUUGUUCGCUUCUGUCAUCAAACUAGGGCCUCAGCCUACCUCGUCGCCAGAAAGAGAUGAUGAAGACCCGGAACUUCUGUGA